CGUUCCAAGUAGUCGUAUAUAGCCUCAGCAAGACUGCAACUACUACAAAUACAUCCAUCAGCAACUACUAGAAAAACAUCAUCUUCGUGUUUUCUUAAAGAGUAGAUAGCAAAAACUCUUUGUAUUCUGUAAAAAUAUAACGACCCAUAAUACCUUCUUUAUUUUUUUUUAAGCUCACAAAUCUUUAUCGAUCGUCGUGUAUAGGCAGGCGGGCCACUGUUAUGGGAAGUGCUCAAAACAGAGCACUUUUGCUCUGUUUUCUUAUCCUAGUUUUUCUUUUGUUGAGCUCCGGUCGGGUGUCCCGCCAAUCAUUACCCGUUUUUGCCUGUGAUGUUGGAAGCAAUCCGGCGUUGCAGAAUCUUGAGUUCUGUGACACGUCGUUGGGGAUUGAUAUGAGAGUGGCGGACUUGGUGAAGAGGCUAACAUUACAGGAGAAGAUUGGGUUCUUGGUGAACAGAGCAGGUAAUGUGAGUAGGCUCGGGAUACCCAUGUACGAGUGGUGGUCUGAGGCUCUUCAUGGAGUCUCUUACGUCGGUCCAGGGACUCGGUUCUCGAAAGUGGUGCCUGGAGCUACCAGCUUUCCUCAGGUUAUUCUCACUGCUGCUUCAUUCAAUGCCUCUCUGUUUGAAGCCAUUGGAAGGGCGGUUUCAACCGAAGCAAGAGCAAUGUACAAUGUAGGACUAGCAGGCUUGACAUUUUGGUCACCAAAUAUUAACAUAUUUAGAGACCCCAGAUGGGGAAGAGGCCAGGAGACUCCUGGAGAAGAUCCAUUGCUCUCGAGUAAAUAUGGAUCAGCUUAUGUAAGAGGGCUUCAACAAAAAGAUGAUGGGGACCCAAAUGGACUUAAGGUUGCUGCAUGUUGUAAACAUUAUACAGCCUAUGAUGUGGAUAAUUGGAAAGGGAUCGACCGGUUCCAUUUCAAUGCUAUGGUAUCAAAGCAAGAUCUGGGUGAUACAUUUCAACCACCAUUCAAGAGUUGUGUUAUUGAUGGCAAUGUUGCCAGUGUCAUGUGUUCCUACAACCAGGUUAAUGGUAAGCCAACCUGUGCAGACCCUGACCUCCUUGCAGGGGUCAUCCGAGGCGAAUGGAAAUUAAAUGGGUACAUUGUUUCAGAUUGUGAUUCCAUAGAAGUACUCUACAAAUCCCAACGCUACACCGAGACACCUGAGGAGGCUGCAGCCAAAUCUAUAUUGGCAGGAUUGGAUCUUAACUGUGGAUCUUUUCUGGGCAAGCACACAGCAGGUGCAGUGGAAGGAGGACUUCUCGAUGAAGCGGCCAUUGACAAGGCCAUAUCUAACAAUUUUGCGACACUAAUGCGACUUGGCUUCUUUGAUGGUGACCCAAGAAAGCAACUUUAUGGCAAACUAGGUCCAAAAGACGUGUGCACCACAGAGCACCAGGAACUGGCCCGUGAGGCUGCAAGGCAAGGUAUAGUGCUGCUUAAGAACAGUCCGGGAUCUCUUCCUCUGUCUCCCACUGCCUUCAAAUCCGUGGCAGUAAUUGGUCCCAAUGCCAAUGUCACAGAAACCAUGAUUGGAAACUAUGAAGGCACCCCGUGCAAAUACACAACUCCUUUGCAAGGCCUGACAGCCUCAGUCGCGACAACUUAUCAGCCUGGCUGCUCCAAUGUGGUCUGCAGCACCGCACAGCUUGAUGAUGCUAAGAAUAUAGCAGCCUCAGCAGAUGCCACUGUACUUAUAGUGGGUGCAGACAAAUCAAUCGAGGCAGAGAAACUGGACAGAAUUGAUCUCCGUCUUCCAGGACAGCAGCAACUUUUAGUAACGGAGGUUGCAAAGGUAUCCAAGGGACCAGUUAUUCUUGUUAUAAUGUCUGGGGGAUGCAUGGAUAUCUCAUUUGCAAAAAGUGAUGACAGAAUUACGAGCAUCCUAUGGGUUGGUUACCCUGGAGAAGCUGGAGGAGCUGCUAUAGCUGAUGUGAUUUUUGGUUAUUUUAAUCCAAGUGGAAGAUUACCCAUGACAUGGUAUCCGCAAUCAUUCGCUGACAUGGUCCCCAUGACAAACAUCAUGAUGAGACCCGAUCUUUCCAAUGGCUACCCUGGGCGGACGUACAGGUUCUACACUGGGGAAACCGUUUAUUCAUUUGGAGAUGGACUAAGCUAUUCCAGUUUCAACUAUCACCUAAUUCAAGCACCUAAGCUAGUUUUCAUACCCUUAGAAGAGGGUCACAACUGCCACUCAUCAAGAUGUAAGUCAUUAGAAGUUAGCGAACAGCGUUGUCAAAACCUGGGUUUUGACAUUCAGCUAAGAGUUAAAAACAUGGGAAGGAUGAGUGGAAGCCAUACCGUUUUCUUGUUCUCAACUCCUCCAUCAAUUCACAACUCACCUCAGAAGCACUUGGUGGGUUUCGAGAAGGUGUUCUUGAAAGCGCAAACAGAAACACAGGUCAGGCUCAAGGUGGAUGUUUGCAAAGACUUGAGUGUGGUAGAUGAGAGUGGAAACAGGAAAAUUGCCCUGGGACAACACGUGCUUCAUGUUGGGAGUUUGAAAAGCUCAUUGAGCCUGAGGAUUUGAAUUAAAUCGCCAACUACACUGCAAUUUUUUUUACUUUUUACUUUUUUUUUAUUUGGUUGGUGAGGGAGAUAUGCUGGAGGCUUUCCCAGAAGGAAGUUCAUGAAUUUUAGCUGAUAAAGGCAUCAUCUGGGAAGAAAAGAACUAUGAUAAAUUGAGAGAGUUGCAACAAUCUCUCAAUAAUUCCAUACGGUCAAAGUGUCAAUAAAUAACAAAUUUGAAAGCCAAA